AUUGUUGGAUGUGUGUAGAGUUUCAACAACCGCUCUCGCUCUCGCUCUACUGCACUCUCUCACUCCUCCAUUUUGCUUUUUCAUCUUCCUUGCGAGUCGUUGCAGCAGCACACGGAUCCGGAAAGGGGAUUGGGAUCGUUUCCUGAAGAAAUUGAGGGGGGGGCCCUGUUUGUUGACGCGAGCAAGUUAUUCCUGAUUUUGUUAGCUUUGAUUCCAAGAAAAAAACAACGCUGGAGUGCUGUCUCGGUACUGUUGGAUGAUCUGUUGAAAUAUGGCGGGUGAGAUUGAGGAGCCUUUCAGGCUUGAUUUUGAGGUAGAUUCUGUGCAUUCUGGUUCGAUCUCCUUCGGAAGGUUUGAAAACGAAGCACUGUGUUGGGAGAGGAGGUCGUCGUUUUCCCACAAUAGGUAUCUUGAAGAGGUUGAGAAAUGCUCGAAACCAGGUUCGGUGAUUGAGAAGAAGGCAUACUUUGAGGCUCAUUUUAGGAAGAAGGGAUUGUUGGGUUUGAAUUCCCCUGGAUGCAAGAGCACAGCAGAUUUCGAUCCCGGGAAAGAUGAUGAUGUCUUGGAGAAGAUGAAUGGCAAUGAUGAGGGAAUUGCUUACGCGAAUGAUGAUGAAACACACUGUGCUAGCUUUGAAGAUGCAGACGUAUUCUCGACAUCAUUUUCUGAGCCGCUUGAACUUGGAAGCAAGUCUAGUGAUUCUGAUUGCACUUCCGAGCAUGUGAAGUGUGUGGAUGCAGUAGACGGUGUCGAAAUUGGAAGUUCAGUUACUUUAAAUUCGGAAUCAGGGGUUAAAAUGAGUGGUGAUCUUGAUCGUGAAUCUGGAAAUCGAGAUGGAAGUUCAGUUACUUUAAAUUCGGAAUCAGGGGUUAAAAUGAGUGGCGAUCUUGACCGUGAAUCUGGCAAUCGAGAUGAAUUGCGUGUGCCGCAGAUGGUGAUCCAAAAUCUCUCCAUCGAUCAUAAAAUUGGAGAGAAAUCCAAUCCCAGUCCAAAUGACAUACAAGAUUCAUCUCCCAAGAUGCAGGAAAGGACUCCACCCUUCGCUGACAGCCCGAAGCAAAGUUUGAUUCCUCAAGAUCGAGUUGAACAAAGGAGAAGAAACCCAACCAGAAAUGCAUCUAAAGUUGCUGAAAAGAAGGUAAAUCAAACAGCUGUUCCGAGGUCCAAAUCGGAGAAGACUUCACCAGCUUCUAAACGAUCCCCGAUGAAUGAAGCCUCAAAAUACAAGCUUGGCUCGAAACCGAAGUGCCCUGAAGUGUUUAAUAGAGUUGAAAAACAAUCGACGGGUAGAAGUUUCAUGGGACCUCGGCCUUCUACAACCGAGAAGAUAUCCAGUAGAGGGCAUCAUGGUGGAAACAGGUUUAACCCGGUCGCCAGUGGAAAUAAGAUGAGUGUGAGAUUGGAUAGUUCGAGGUUCAGCUUCAAAAGCGACGAACGCGCUCAGAGAAGGAAAGAGUUUGAUAUGAAGUUAGAGGAGAAGAUGAAUGCCAGGGAAGCAAAGAUCCACCAAAUCAAGACAUCGACUCAGGAGAAGAAAGAUGCCGAAAUCAAGCAAUUGAGGAAAAGCCUCAACUUCAAAGCCAUACCCAUGCCUUCUUUUUAUCGUCGUGCAUCACUUGAUCCACACGAACUUUACAAGUCAGGAACAGCAGCAGCAGCAGCAGGUGGUAAUAACCAGCCAGAGAAACAAGGUUGUAAAUCUUGGACUCCGAGAAGCCGGGUAGCUGGGAAGCCAACAAGUGAUCAACCACAGGCCUCGGUGACUAGCUGCCAUUCUACGGUGACUUCAGACAGCAGCGCGACAUCUCGUGGAAUGAGUAAGACGAUGGAAGCGGAGAAGGUCGCCGUCGGAUCCCGGAGAAUCAAAGCACCGCCCCAAGAUAGGCAGCACCUCCAGAUGUAUAAGGGAAAGACAUUUAAUGGGAAGCAGAGGAGCUGAGUUGAGUUGAUGAUCAAAGAGGAAGAUCAGAGGAAAAGAAAGUUAUCUAUACUAUACUAUACUGGUAGAGAGAGAAAGAAGAGAGAGAGAGAGAGAGAGGGGUAAUGAAUAAUAAUGAUAGUUGAAUAUGAAUGAAAAUAGGAGUUGAUGUUAUGUUUUAUGAAACUAUUAUCAAUUGAGGAGUAAUUGAAUUGUGUA